ACUGACGUGAAAAAUUAAAGCGCUCAAAUAAAAAGGUGUUCUCGGGCAGAUAACAACAACGCGGUGCGUGAGUUUUUGGGUGCCAAAAAGAAGGUGUACUUUACCGAAUUACCGACACAACCUCAUCGCAAUGGCUGACCAGUACGGUGGCUACGGCAGUAAUGAUUUUGGGAGUGCGGCGCCGUAUAGCGUUCCUCCACCAGCGAUUAACCAAAGCUACAGCCAGCCUCCUCCAAUGAGCAAGUUCGGCGGCGGUGGUGGCGGUGGCGGUGCCGGCAGCUACGGUCAGCAGAGUUCCGGUUCUGUCGGCGGUGGAUACGGCGGUGGCCAAAGUGAUUACAAUGGUGGCGGAGGCCGUGGUGACGGCGGCGGGUACGGUGGUAGCAACCGCGGUGGUGGUGGUGGCGGCGGCGGCGGCGGCUACGACAGAAGAGGUGGUAACCAAACCGGCGGCUACAGCAGUGGCGGCGGCAACAAGGGUGGUUAUAACAAAGCCGAGGGUGAAAUGAUCACGCAGGAGGAUACAAUCUUCAUUCAGGGAAUGACACCGGAAACUACGGAAGAGGAAAUUGCCGAACGCUUUGGAUCGAUCGGUGUGAUUAAGCGUGACAAGCGCACCCAGAAGCCCAAAAUUUGGAUGUACAAGGACAAGGAAACGGGCAACAUGAAGGGUGAGGCAACCGUCACGUACGAUGACGCUAGUGCCGCCCAGUCCGCCAUCGGAUGGUUCGAUAACAAGGAAUUCAAUGGCGCCAUCGUCAAGGUGACGCUGGCCCAGCGUUUCAGCAACUGGCAGAACAAGGGUGGCAAUCGGGGCGGCUUCAACAAGGGCGGCGGUGGCGGCGGCGGCGGUGGUUUCGGCGGCGGAAAUCGAAUGGGUGGUGGCGGUGAUCGCGGAGGUGGCGGCGAUCGCGGUGGCUACAACCGUGGUGGCGGCGAUCGAGACGACAGCCGAUCGCGCCCUCCGCCCGGCGGCGGUGGUGCGAUGGGCGGAGGCCGGGGUGGUGGAUUCGGCGGUGGCAGCGGGGGACAGGAUCGCGAGGGCGACUGGAACUGUGGCGAAUGUAACAACAAAAACUUUGCCUGGCGCAACGAAUGCAACCGCUGCAAGGCACCGAAGGGCGAUGGCGAUGGUUCCGAUGGUGGUAGCAGAGGCGGUUAUGGUGGCAACCGGAAUGGAGGAGGAGGAGGAGCUGGUGGCGGUCGGGAUCGGGGCUCGUUCGGCGGCGGACGGGGUGGCGGUGCUGGAGGGCAGGAUCGGGGCUACGGAGGAUCGAAUCGCGGAGGACGGGACAACGGUGGCGGCUAUGGUGGCGGAGCGAUGAGAGGAAAUGACAGAAACAACCGGAAUGAUCAACGACAACGCCCGUACUAAGAGGGUUGCACAUUGCCAAUACACCUUAGACGCGUCAUAGAGACAUCCACACACACAUUCAACACAUUUUCACCCAGGGAAAGGAUGUCAAACCUAUUUGUCAACAAUUUAGCUAUAUUAUAGUCAUGUAUGCACGCAUCGAGAAAGACGGAUGGCGUGGGAGACUCAGCAGCGGUAGUACCAUCUUGUUCUUGAAUCAGGCACGAACCAUUACUUUCCAAUGCGCCCAGAAUAAGCUGGAACAGGACCUUUUUCAACAAAAAUUGUAAGCGACGAGACGAAUUGUAAAUGUAUUAUUAGUGCACGUGUUGUUCACUAAGCAAAUUGCGUGAAUCUGGUUGAUGAUCGGUAUGCUCACACGUCCCCAACCCCCGGCCCCUUGAGAGGAGGGAGGGUGUGUAGCAAUAAUAACAACAAACCAUGUAACACAUCUUACCGCUGUAGAGUAACGAUGCCUCAAACAUUAUCCACCGUCCUCCAGAGACACAAAAGCAGGUCGCAAGGGAGAGAUUUACCACGUAACACAAACUAAAUAAAGAGUAAAGAUAAACUAAA